AUGUGGGGCGCGAGAGUGGCGACGGACGCCAUCAGCUACAAUGCUGCGGUCCACACGUGCACAGCAGCCGGGCAAUGGGAGUGGGCGCUGUCGUUAUUCAGCGACUGCGAAGCAGCAGGAAUUAAACCAGAUUCGGGCAGCUUCUGUUGUCUGGCGAACGCACACGGAAACCGCGGGCACUGGCAAGAGGCGCUGUCAGUGUUGCGUUUAGCGCAGGCAGCUAAGUUGGAGGCGAGCCUCUAUACCCACACAGCUGCGAUUACUGCGUGCACGCGCGGCGACAAGUGGCAAUUGGCAGCGAUGUUCCUUGGCGGGCUGCGCGAGAUGCAGGUGGAAUCCAAUGCUGUUUCGUACGGCGCCGGAGCGGCCGCUUUCUUGAAAGGCGAGCGGUGGCGGCACGCGGUGUUUCUGAGCAGCGAGGCUUAUGCAGCCAUGCUGGAGAGUGACAUCAUUACCCACAAUGCUGCAAUCAGCGCUUGCGAGAGGCGCGGACAAUGGCAGCACGCAUUGUCGCUGCUGUUCCGCGAGCUGCGGGGAAGGCGGUUGGAGCCGAACGUCAUCUCUUACGCCGCCAGCAUAAGCGCGUGCGAGAAGGGCAGGCAGUGGGAGAAGGCGCUGUGUUUGCUCAGCGAGAUGGAAGAGACGAGGGUGGAGCUGGACGCAAUCUGCUACAGUGCUGCAAUCAGCGCGUGCGAGAAAGCGGGGGAAUGGCAGCCUGCGUUGUUUAUGCUCGGCCGUGCUCAAGAGGAGCUCGAGCUCGACACGGGCAUCAUCCCCUACAACGCUGCCAUAGGCGCAUGCGAAGGAGAACUGCAGUGGCAGCGGGCGCUGUUAAUCUUCGCGAGCGCACGGGAGGCACGGCUGGAGGUCGACAUUUGGGGUUACGACCUCUCGAUCAACGCAUGCGGGCGAGCGGGACAGUGGCAGCAGGCGCUGUCGCUGUUGAGCGGGAUACGCGAGAUGGCGGUGCAGGCAAGCGUGAUCAGCUACAACAACGGGAUCAACGCUUGCAGGGUACAGGGACAGUGGCGGCAGGCUGUUUUCUUCCUCGGUGAGAUACGAGACACGAUGUUACAGCCGAACCUUAUCGGUUUCAAUUGCGGGAUCGGAGCGUGCGAGAAACAUGGGCAGUGGCAGCGGGCAUUGUCGUUGUACAGUGAGGUAUGGGAGACGAACUCGGAACCAGACGUCAUCGGGCAGACGUCAAACGUGAAGGGAUUGGUGAGCGAGAUCGGACAGAGUGGGCAGAGUGAGCAAGCUUUGGAUUCGCUCACUCAAAUUGAAGGGCGAACGACGUUGGAGCUGGACGUCUUCAGCUGCAACAGUCAAAUCAGGGCGCGUGACAAAGGCGGGCAGCAGCAGCAGGCGUUGUCAUUGCUUCGUGAGCUGCGGGAGGCGAAGCUCGAGCCGAACGCCAUGAGCUAUGGCGCAGGCAUGAGAGCUUGCGAGACGGGCGGGUUAUGGCGGCAGGGGCUAGCACUGCUCCGCGAAAUCGGGCAGUCGACGUUGGGGCCCGACAUCUUGCACUACAACAGCUGCAGCAACGCAUGCCAUGCGAGCUCUCAGUGGCAGCAGGCCGUGUUGCUGCUCCGCGAGCUGUCAGAGGCGGGGCGGGCGCCGGGUGUCAGCAGCCUCGGUGUCGGAUGCGGCGCCUGCGAGAGGAGCGAGCAGCAGCAGAAGGCACUGCUGUGGCUCGCUGAGGCGUAG